AUGGUUCAGGUUUGUUCGAGGCGAUGGCAAAGGGCUUCUUCGAUGGUGAGCAAAGAUCUGCGAUGGCAAGGGAUGAGUUCUUCGAUGUUCUGCGAUGCAGGCAACGGCAAAGGGAUUCUUCAAUGGUUCUGCGAUGGAGGUUGGUGUAAAUGGGAUGAGGUGUGCGAUGGGGUGUGUCUGCAAGAGGAGAGAAUUUCGGAGGGGUGUGGCUGGAUAUCAGAUGGGGUGGGGUUUGAUUUCAGAUGGGGUGUGGCUGAAAGGGAAGGGGGUUUUCGGUGGGUAGUUAGGGAAUGGGGUUUAUGA